AGAAAGAAGCCGUAGAAAAAUGAACGACUCGUCAGUAAUGAUCCUACCAUCAAAGUACAUCACAAUAGAUAAUGUUACAAAAAAAGGAACAAUAACACUGCAGAACAACGUGCUCUCUGGUGGAGCGUACAAAAUACGCACGACAAGCCCAAAAGAUUAUUCGGUCAGACCAAACAUUGGCAUUAUAAAACCACUGCAGACGAUAACAAUAAAUGUUAUUUUACAAAGUGAAUGCACAUCGAAAAACCAUAAGUUCAUGGUAGAGGUGUAUGAUUUUGACCAUAAGAAGGGUGUGGAUGAGUUCAAAAAGACGUUGAGAGGAGGGAGCUCGAAGGCUGUGUGCACAAAAAUAUUGUUUGUGGAAGAUAAGCAGACUAGCAAACCGGUUGUAACGGAGGACAACGAGUUUAUUUACCUGUGUUGUACUGCGGUAGUAUUGGUUGUUCUAUUUUUAUGUUCGAUAAAGAAUCUUCUGCUGCUGUAGACCGGGCCGUCAAACA